AUGCCUCCAGCUGACAGACCUGUAAGGGAAGAAAACGAAAUGGAUGGCCAAUCCGGACCUCCGGUAGAUGUUGAUCUUCAUCAUCAAGAGGCUAAUAAAGAAACGGCUGUUACACCAACAAUUGCAUUUAAGGCAAGAUUAAAUGUAGAUACAGCAGUGACGAACGCUGGUCAGACCAUAGUGUUUCCAACAGUAAUUUUCAAUGAAGGAGACGCGUAUAACCCUAAUACAGGAAUGUUUACAGCAUCCGUCAGUGGUACAUACAUGUUCAGUUUAGCUUUCUGUGUCUACAGCAGCCGCUCGCUGGUUGUUGGUAUAAUGAUUGAAGGGACAAAAUACACAACGUCAAUGUUCUAUGGUGAUGGAAAUCACGAAUGUUUAUCUGCUGAUACUGUAGCAAUUGUGACCGCCGGACAGAAAAUAUGGGUUCAAGUACUACCAGGUGGUAAUACUGGUACAAUAUUAGACCAAGAUGCUAUGCGAUGGAAUACAUUUGCUGGUGCUUUGAUAAAUAAACGUUAG